UUGAAUUUAAAUUAUUACAAAAAUAUAUUAUGAGUUCUCUCUGCAGAUUACUAAUCUUACUCCUUGGUUACUUCUUAUCUGGAGUCCUCACAGCAGAUAUAACUGAAGCCAAACUUGUAGGAGAGUCUGGUGCUACAGUUCAAGAAGCAGGAACAAUGACGCUAGAGUUUAAUCCCUCAGGCAAUGUAUUCUCGAAUGGAGACACCAUUACUCUUGUUUUUCCUUCGGGGAUGUCGAUGAAUAGUACGACUCCAACCUGUACAGAACAGUUUGGAGAAUUUAAUAUUUCAAGUUGAGCUUAUACAGCAGCUACGAAUACUCUUGUACUUAAUAUUCAAGUGACUUCUGAUAGAGUCCCUGCAUUCGGUUUUAUUAACAUUGAGAACUUUAUUUAUCCGAUUUCGAGCAUCAGGACUCAAAAUCCAUCGAAUGAUGUAUACUACAUAUCAAGUUGGCCUGCUACAGGAGGAAUGAAUUUCACAUUAGCUGACUCUGGAGGAGCAUCAAAGGGUUCUAUUUCAAACGUAAAAAUUACAGGAGUAGACCCUGGAACAAUAACUUCUUUGAUAAUCAACCAUGACUCUUCAAAGCCAAAUGUCGGAGAAACGAAUGCUACUUUAUUUUUCUCUGUGACAGUUCCUCAUAUUGUUCCUACUGACGGGACUAUGACUAUAUUCUUUCCUAAACAACCUGUUUCGGAUGAUGACGUAGUAGUCAGUCCUACCUGAAGGCAAUCAGGAGGGACAAUGGAGACUGGCUUAACUUGUAGCUACAGCUCAACAACACAGUUAGUGACCAUCACGAACUUUUUAUCCUCCAAUUCAUCUGGAACUUUUAAUUUCACAAUUGGCGGCAUCGUCAAUCCAAUCUCUACAGAACCAGUCACAGGAAUCGAAAUAACCACUAAAACCCAAGACGGAGGAACGAUAGACUCAGGUACUCAAUCCUGGAGUGUCCCAAACGCUUACACCAUCACCGGUGCUCAGUGGUCAAUCACCAGCUCCGAUACCAAAAUCAACUCUCUUUCUCAGCACAGGAUAUUCUUCUCCUUACCAUUCCCAGUAGUCCUAAACUCCUCAGCUCUGUUCACAUUUCCCAGUGACACUCCUCUUUCAUCAGACUUGACUUCCUACAUCGGCUCAAAUCUGUUCAAAUCAGGGGUAACUUUCCAUGCAAGGACUGAGACCACGGCUCAUAUCAACUGUUCAGAGUCAAAUACUCCAUUUAAUGCCACUAAUGUAGUCACUUUUAGGCAGAUUAGGAACCCGAAUAAGCUAAAGACCACUGGAUCUCUCCAGAUUAGCCUGUAUACUACUUCAGGUGCUAUUAUUGCAAGCGUCACUUCAGGAAUAACGCUUGAUGGAGGAUCCUUAACCUCAGGAGCAGUGACUGUCUCUUCUGUUGUAGCUACUGGGACUGAAGUGCAACAAUCAGAUGCUCAAUACCGAUUUGUGUUUAAUCCAGAAAGUUCACUUUCGUACUCAGGUUCAGAUUCUCCAAAAAUUGUUAUGAAAUUCCCAGCAGGAGUUAUAGUAGGUUCUUCUUGAGCUUUCUCGGAUAUCGCAGGGAGCCUUUCAUCAGCCCUCACAUGAUCAGUUAAUUCAGGGGCAAAUAGCUUGGAAAUAAAUAAUCCUUUUGGAGGUUCCAAUUACAUUUCUUCAAGCACAAAUCUUGAGAUAACUCUUAGAAAUCUGACAAAUCCUGAUAUUUCAGGAGAUGCAGGCACCUUCACUAUUGAAACUUAUAUAACAGACGGGAUAGAUAAUUAUCUCGUUGAUACAGGAACUUUCUCCGGAGUAACAAUAACUUCUGGAAGCUUGACAAGCCCAAGUUUGACCUCGAAUUCCACAGUCGCUUAUGAUAAUACUGCAGUUUAUACUAUUACUUUCACAAGCCCGCAUACCAUUAGAGCAAAUGGAAUUAUUGAUAUCAUAAUUCCGUCUGAAAUCACUCUGAAUUCUACAACUGCAAUUUCCGGAUGUCAAGGAUCGAUCAAUGGAGCAGCUUUCUCUUCAGUAACUUGUCAAAGUCCAGCAACUAACAGGAUCAGAGUUACAACCUUGUUCACCUCCGAUGUAACUGGGGAACUAUCUGUUAGAUUCCCAGGCCUUCGUAAUCCUCGAGUGACUGGAACCACAAGCUCAUUAUCUGUCACUAUUUCGGAUAGUUCGGGGAAUCUCAUAAAUUCUUUAUCCACUGGCUUCACUUUGACAAUUGACUCUGUUGAGAAUUUCCAAAAUUUCAAUAUUCAAAGCACAGAGACAAAUAGAAUAAACGGUGCUUUUAAUGCCUAUAUAGUGAGGAUUACAGCCCAGACACCUUCUAUAGAUGGAGAUAAAGUCAUCCUUGUUUUCCCAGAGUCGAUCACUUUUCCUGCAUCAAAUUCAGACUUGAGCUGUAAUGCUGGAACAAAUGUUGUAACUAUUACUUGUACUAUGAACUCUUCAUCUAAGACAAUUACAGCUACAACUAUUUCAUAUACUGGAGGAGGAGUUUCCGAAGGGACCCAGUUCGAUUUCACUAUAAAUACACUUGGAAACCCAGGAAGCUUAGCUCCUGUAGCUAUGAUCUCUGCUAAACUUAUUGAUACAAAUGAUAAUAAUGUGAGUGGGUAUACAACAAUCUCUUCAGUAACUAUUCAAAAUAAUAGAGCUGGAGCUCUGACUGGACAAAGAUUACAGCAAUCAGUGACGAGUGCAGGGCAGGAAUCGACAUAUACAUUUACAUUUACUCCUACAAAUCCUGUUCCCCAGAAUUCAAAAUUAGAGUUAAUUUACCCAAGCACUUAUACAAUUCCUUCUUCAAUCACUUGUAUGGGACUGACUGGAAUUCCUGCAAAUACUAUUUUAGAUUGCACAUCUGACCACAAUACUGCAAGUAGGAAUUUAAAGCUUCUAAAUGGAUUCAACACAACUACUAAUGUGACUUCUGAAAUUUCAUUUCAAAUUCAAGGGAUCACCAACCCGAUUUCAGAUACUCUCACUAGUUUUGAAAUCUCCACUUACACUCAGAACGACUUUGCAAUAGACACGGUCUCUGAUGGAUUUGUACCAACGCUUGAAUGCAACUAUCCUUGAAAAACUUGCUCAUCAACAAAUGCCUCUGCCUGUACAUCAUGAUUCACACAAGCAGAAACAGGCUCGCCUCUCCUUCAGACAGGUACUUGUAAAGCGAGCUGAGACAGUGGAUACAGCUCGAAUGGUGGAACAACUUGUGUUCAGUGUAAUGGGAUAUGACUCACUUGCUCUCAAGCAAAUAGAAAUGUGUGUGAAACUUGCAAUACUACUGGAACUUACAAGUUCUUUUAUAAUGAAACUGAUCUUUGCUAUGCUACUUGUCCAGAUGGAAGCUACGCAGACUCUAAUAAUUGAAGAGCAUGCACUACACCAUGAUCUACAUGUAAUAGCACUACUUUUUGUUUGAGCUGAGUUUCAACAUCAGCUACUCCUUAUUUACAAGCAGGAGGAACUUGUACUAAUCAAUGAAGUAACAUCCAAACUCCUGUUAAUAAUAUAUGCACUGAUUGUAACAGUCCUUGUAGUAGUUGAGGUCCAUCUCCAUCUGAUUGUACCUCUUGAAUAGGAACUUUGCUGCUUUAUAGAACAGGAUGAGUUAGCACUUGCCCUGAUAAUACUUUACAACAAGGCGACCAAUGUUUUGAUUGAGAUUCUAAAUGUUCUUCAUGUGUCAACACCACAACAACAUGAAGUUCUUGUGCAAAUGGACUUUAUUUAUAUGAAGAGAAUUGCCAAGUUUGACCAUCAGGAUACAAAGGAAAUCUACAAACAGGAUAUUGAGAGCCUGCCCCUCCAACAGAAUCAGAUAACCCUGAUUACAGACUUGCUUAUUUCCCCUUCUUGUGAAUUGCAAUUGGGCUAGCUAUAUUUGCUUCACUUGGAAAUCUCAAAGAUAGUAAUUCCCAAUUUCUCUCUGUAGUUAUCUCCUUUUGGGGGCUUGUAGAAAUUUUCUUGUACUCAGCCCUCGGCUUAUUCGCCUAUCGUGAUCAUGACAACUUCUCAAUCCUCGGGAUAUGAGGCUUAAUAGUGAGUCUAAACAUAUUAUUAAAUCUAAUUUUCACAUGCUACCUCUGCUGAAAACUUAAAAGAGACGAUUCCUUCAACUACUGGAAGAGGAGCUACCCUUGCACUUAUUUCAUCACUAUCCUAGUAUCUUUGGUACUUUCAUUCAAAUUUCUCAGAAUGUUUUACUCGAAAUUCUUUGGAUUUGAGCAUUUUAGCUGCUCAAUUUCUGAUAAGAGAUCUUUGCUUUACCCAAUCACAAUAAUUUCAGGAAUAAAUUUCAUCAUCUGAAUGAUCCCAAUUGUACUGAUAAGCUUCAUUGGCUUGAUCACCACGAGCUGGGGGACUCAGUUCUUCAUCACCUGAAUUGAGUGCUUGAUCUUCUUGUUGUUAACUCUCCUGAUCACGAUUAUUGAAUUCAACACAGCUAAAUUAGAGAACUAUGAGCGUAUAGAGUCUGUAGCAGACAGUUUUGUAGAUGUCAAAGCAGUUCCAGCUCCUCCUCCAGACGAUAAUGAUGUCGAACUCAGGAGACAAGCGCUUCGAAAAAUUCUUAAUACACUAUGGGUCAACGAGAAGGAUCAGCAAGAUGAUGAUAUUAUCAAAUGUCUCUCUAAAGGGAAAGAAUGGAUACAUGAGAGGUAUAGUUUGCCUGAUAUCUUUUGAUACCAAGAAAGUGAUUCUGAAAAUAGGCCAUAUUCAUACCCUGUAUCUCCUAAGACUAGAGAAGGCGUUGUUAUUGAAGAUUGGGAGUUUAUGCGUACAAGGCAUGAAGAAGAUCUCCAAGACAAUGUAUACUGAGACUCAAAACCAAAAGCUGAAAUAUCAGAUAAUCGCACAUCAAAGUCCACCUUCACUCAAACAUUCACUAAAGAUAAUGCAAGGAAUGAUAAUUUCAGCUUCAAUGAGUCCUUUUUCGACUAUGAUUCACUGCAACUCAAAAAUCACAAGUUGCGUGAAUCAGCCUCAGAUGGGCAUGACCCAGAAGAUUACAUAGAUCAUGAUACUUAUCAGAUCUCCACUGUAAAUAGACUUGGAGUCAUUUAUGAAGAGGAAGAGCCUCUUAACAAAAUGAAAUCCAGCUUAAAAAGAUUUGAUAAAGUGAUCUUUAGCAAGCCACCAAAAUUCGAGAAGAAAUUCAAUGAGCACUCCAUCAUGGGAGAAUUCGAUAAGGACUCUGAAGGAAAUCUGAUUAUCUUGACUAACUCUAAAGGACAUCUUGUGUGCAACAAUGGCCGAAGAGUUAAUGAAAGAGGAUACCUUGUUGAUAAAUUUGGCAAUAUUCUGUACUGAAGCAAUCAGAAGUUAAGAGCGUUUGAGGCAUUUGACCUAGACUCUAAGGGAGAGAUUCCUAACCCGUACCUCUGGGAUAGAUUUAACUUCAAUCCUUCUGACAUCAUGGGCAAUGUUGAUACAGGAUUUUCAUACCAAAAACCACCUAAAAGGUACAAAGCAAGUAAAAAGAGGAAGGAACUCAUGGACAAAGACGGCUUUAGGAUCAGCAAAAAGGGAUAUCUGAUAGACAUAAACGGAAAUAUUGUCUCAAGGGCUGAUGGAGAAAUCAAGCUAGAUACCUCCCAGAUGACUCCUGAGGGAGAUAUCCCUCACCUCUACACCUACAGUGGUAAAUCCUUCCAUAUUAAAAAAUGCAUUGGUGAGUUCAAAAGAGAUGAAGAUGGAAAUGCCAUCAUCCUUAGCGAAGUUGAUGAACUUGGCAAUAUAACCUAUGAAGAUAUUUUCCAAAGGAAGGUCAACAAAAGAGGCUACCUUAUUGACGAAUACGGUAAUAUUAUCUCAAACACUGGAAAUAUCUUGUUCCAAGAGAGCGAGAUAAAAGAGGAUGGAGAGAUCCCAAAAAUAUUCCCAUUCACAAACUUCCAAAUAUCUACUAUAAAGGGGAAUCUUGAGGAAAAUUCUACUGGAAGAGUCAGGAUACUUGAAGAAGACUCUAACGGAGGAGCUAUUGACAAUCAUGAUAGACGAGUUAACUCAAAGGGUUACUAUACAGACGAAGAAGGCAAUAUUUUAGAUAGAAAUGGCAAUAUAGUCAUUGAAUCAUACCUUGUUGCUGAAAAUGGAGAGAUACCCAAAAUAUUUAGAUCUGGGCUUCUUUGAAAAGAGUCUGAAAGUACAAUGAUUACCUUUGCUAAUAUGAGCAAAGCAAACCAUCAGAAAUCAUCAUCCGUAAAAAUUCACCAGUUCCAUCCAAAAGAAAUCAAACCCCUCAAAAUUUAUGAAGAAGAGAAAGGCGAGGCAGGAAAUGCUGUCGAUCCUAAUCAGUUCUACAAAAAUAGCCGUAAAAGUUCCGGAGAUAACAGUAAAAUGAGAGAUAGACCAAGUAACUAUAACAACGCUAAUAUGGAAACCCUUGAAGCUCUCAUUGAUGACAAUACAGAUGAUCCUGUCACAAGUGAUAACUAUGAAGCAGGUCCUCCUCUGUUCGAGGAUCGCAAAAAAGUCAAGACCUCCUUUAGUUUUGAAAAUCAGGAAAACAACUUGCUUUCAGUUCACCUCAAGAGCAACGUUGUUCGAAACAAAGAGAAAUAUAAAAAGCCUAAAGGAAAAGAUUUCAUGAUGGCUGAUGCUUAUGGAGGGAUCCCAAGAGGUGCCAGAAUUAAUAACAACAAUUAUACAUCAGAACGGAAUAAGAGUAAGAAGAAGCUCAGCUCUCAUAACUCCAAAGCGAAUGUAAAGACUCAAAAUAAGGCAAAUAGUACAAUUGGGUCUGAGAAGGACAAACUUCUGGCAGCCAGUUCUAAGCAUACUAUAGAGGUUGACACUAAAUUACUGAUAAGGAAGACUGACAAGCUCAAUUCCAGUCUUCGCAAUCCUUCUAUGAGGGAAGAUGCUAAAUCUCCUAACUACGCUGUGAAUAAGAGUAUGGAGAUGGAAGCGAGGAAUCACCUUAUCAAUAAUGAUUCUCUGUGCAUUCUGGAGGAAACCAAAGAAAAUGAUCUCAAAAAUGCGAAGAAAGGUAAAAAGAGAAACAAGACUAAGGGUCGAAAUAAAAAAGCUGUGGAUAACUUCAUAAUCCCUUCAGAAGACCUUGAGAAAGUUUACAACCAAGAUGUAGAUCAGUUCUUACAAAAUGACAAAUGGGACGUAGGGAGCAAAAGACCAAUGUCCUCAAAACCAGUUCUAAAUAGCAGAAUUCGUGAUCUCGAAGCAAUCUAUCUAGCAAGAAUGAACAACCAGAGCAGUCAGGACAUUGAUAUGUACAAAAAUACAAAAUUGAAGAGUUCGAUUGGGUCUAAAAUUCCUUCAAAAUUAAGUAAAUUUACUUCUAGAGCUCAGAGUAAGCAGGCUCUCAGAUAUACAGAGAAUAGAUCAUUAAGCAAUAUAUAA